AGAAUUUAAAUUGAUCUAUCUACCAAUCACAUUGAUGCUAUAAAGCUUAACGAUUUCGCGCGGGACAUUAAUCUUCUGACAGUGAAAUUUUAAUAUACGUUGUGGUUUGGCGUUAUUGAGUGGACGUUAUUUGAAAUAUUUCUUGCACGAUAUAUAUUAUAAUAAAAAUUGAAGAAAGAGAUAUUACUUGAAUUAUUUAAUAUUUUUACUCUAAACGAUUAAAAUAUGCAACGUCAAUUUAAUAAUGAUGUAGAAGAAUUUGAGCCGAGAAUUACACCUAAGCCUGCAACGAAAGUUGAGAAUUUUGCAGUUUCAUCGGUGCCAGAAGUGUCUCUUAUUUUUGAUAAACCUUCAGAGAAUAGGAAUCCGAAGUCUGACAUCUCUGUUUCUCCUUCUUUUAACAAGCAUGCAUCGUAUGCUUCUUGGAGGCAAUAUAAUUUUUCUAAAACGCCCAAUUACAAGAUCGAUGAGAUUGACAAUUCACAUAAAGUCCAACAUGAUUAUAAAUAUAAUCCUGUAACCUCUUUACAAAGUAUUGAUAGAAGUAAUGAUUCAUGUGGUAACGGUAAUAAAAUCUUAAAGAAAGAUAUGCAUGUUCACAAAAGAGAACAAGAUCAUAUAAGGUCACGUACACCACAUAAUUAUCCAUUUAAUACCACAUGUGCGACAUUGCAUAAUCCUAAUAAAGAUUAUUCUGACUACAAUGAGAGGACAAGACUAUUAAGUAAUUCUAAACAAGAUUUGAAUACUUAUAAUGAUCAUCAUAAUCAUAACACAAAUACACCCUAUGUUUCUACAAAUAAAAAAGAUUUGGUUCUUCAAAAUUGUAUGCAAACGCAGGUCAAUGUAAAUAAUACAGAGAAUCAUCCAAAUGUGCAUAAUUUAACUACUCCAAAUGUUUUUUCUAAUAAUAAAUUUCCACCAAUGUCACAUCAUCCAAGCUAUCCAUAUCAAUAUUUUGACAUGAGUACAUAUCCUUUUCCACCAUUUUAUCCAAUGCACCAUCAUAAUACGGAUAAUCAUGAAACAAUCAAAAAUUUGUUGCAACUAGUUAAUACACAAAGUGAACAAAUUCAAUCUUUACAAUCGCAAGUAGAUAAUCUUUUAAAAAUGCAGAAAGAUAUUUUAAUGGAGAAAAAGAAAUGCGUCUGUUCAACUCAAACGGUACAACAAAAUGGAUACAUUCAUGCAGGAACUAUUGAUACUUCCAAUUAUCAAACAACUCCAAAUCAAAAAGUUAAAAGAAAUGCCUGUCAAAGUACCUCUGUUAUAGAAAGAAAUGUAGAAAAUAGUAAAGAUAUUAGAAUUAUAAAUCAACCAGAACUUAUUCUGUCAGAGCAGCAUGCAGAGAAAGGUGUAAUGGAACAACAAGUAUCUAUUGGUGUGAUGACAAGUUUUGAAUUUACGGUUCAAAAUAAUCCUAUUGUAGUGGACUAUACUGAAAAUCUUCAAAAGGAUGAGAUACAGAAUGAUGUUAUAAAUAGACAAAAUAAUAAACAUUUGCAGGAGACUUGUGAAACAUUGAAAAGGAAUAAAAAUUGUUUUACAAGACUUCCUGUUGGACAGUUGGAAAAUAUAGUUGAAGAUUCUGAAAGUUAUUUAUCCUCUAGUCAACCACAGAGUAGUAAUUUUAAUGUAAGUUGUUCAAUGAAAGAUAUACAGGAAAAGAGAAAUCAUGUAGAUACUCAAAAUGCACGAAAUAUUCCUGUAGAAAGAAUAAAUGGAUCAUCUCAAUCAAAUAAAGAUAUAUUUCAGAAUUCUAAUAAAUUGAAUGCACAAAAGCAAACAUAUUCGCCAAUAAAUUAUGAAAAACAAAGAACAAAAAAGGAAGAUAUAAAAAGACUUACUAAAGAUACAGGAUUUUCUCCUUAUAAUUAUGAGCAUUGUAUAACAAAUGAUGUACUUAAUGAUCCAAAAGAAUAUACAGAAGCAAAGAAUGAAAACAGAUGUGAUAAGUCUGAUGGUUUUGCUAAAACACAUAAACGCGUAGAAGAUAGUUUGGUGCUAAGUGGUGGUGAUUUUAAAAUAACUGAAAUGGCUCCUGUAACACCUGAACCAAGUAUUCAUGUUGAUAUGCAAGAAUAUUCUAGCGAUGAAGAAAGUGAUAAGAUUAAACGAACUUCCAAAGUUGGAUGGACUUUUUAUAAUAAUGUCUUAGGGCAAGUGAAUCAAAUUUUACAGAAUUCAUCGACUGUGGAUACUAGUGAUCCAAAGGAUGUAAAAACAAGAAACAAUGUAGAACAAGAUGAUAAUGAAAAUAAAACAAUAUUAGACACUGUGAAGGUUGCCACUUUAGAACAAUUACGAAAACUUGGUAUUAGUUUAGUGGAUAAGCCUGAAUCCAGAGAAAAAAAUGGUACAAGAAAAGUAGAAUUUGAUUCGUCAUUUUAUCCACGAUUGGACUAUCAAGCAAAUAUUACUCGUGCUACAAGUGGUAUUACUGAAACAAAUACAAGUAUGCACAUGAAAGCAUUAGCAUUAAAAUAUCUAAGCGAUGAACAGCUUGCUGAAUUAACAACACAAAAACAGGGAUCUACAUCAUUAAAACAAGUUAUGUUAAGUAAUAUGCAAGGAACUAACUUAUCAUUUGCUACAAUGCGUUAUUUAGAAAGAUAUCAGUUGCUCCCAGGAAAAAAUAAUGUACAAAUUGAAGAUGAUAAUGUAAUGUGCCUGGAAGGAUCACCAAAAGCAGAUCUGAAAAUAGGAAACAUUAAACAUAGUCCAAUAACGCAACAAUAUCCAUACGCACAAAUGUCUCGGACCAAUUGUCCUAAUAAGAUAUUAGAUAUAUCAACAUUGAAACAAAUGCCUAAACUUUUAUAAAUAUAUGAAUUUAUGUAAUUUAUUGAAUUUCCUUAGAAAGUGAAAAUUCCAAUAAUUAUACUUUUAUAUAAGCUUAUGCUUCCUAAAACCUGGUGCAGAAUAAUUUUAAUAUUUUUAUACAUGUACAAAUAUAUAUUUUAUAUAUAUGCAUAAGUAAUAAUAAUAUUUUAUAUUAGAACAUAGCAAUUAUUAGGAUAUCAAUGUUAUCAAAGUUAGUGAUUUUUUUUUUUCUUGUACUGAAUAAAAUAUACGAUUUAAUAAUAAAAUGUAAAGAGAAACGAAAUUCAUU